CAGUGCUGCUGCAUUGUGACUGUCCGGUGUCAGUGUGUCUGCCUGGGAGCUCCCGUUUCAGAGAAUCCCAGAGACUGUUUGGGGCCAGGACAGAAGGAAGGUGCAGCUUCUGGGAGGGACCUGCCAGCGCCUGAGGUGACUUGUCUGCAUGAGUUGGAAGGGUGCUGUGCAGCAGCUUCCACCUACAAGUUGCUCGCUACUUAUGCUUCUUCCACAUCAACAAUGACUAUGAAAAUAUUAAUACUGAAAGUAAGGACUGCAGCUGCGUACUAUGCAUCAGACGGACGUGUGUGUUCUCCAGCAGGAAGCAAGUGCAGCCAGCAAAACAAGCUGUUCGUGGUGUCUGAUCUGACCUGUUUGCAAUAUUUCAAGUGAGACUCUUUUUCUGAGCAGCAAUGAAUACACUCAGAUAUUGCUUCUUUGCUGUCCUGAUUCUCAGUGUUUCACUUCCAUUUGUUUUCUAUGCUGUCCAUUUGCGUGCACAAAUACCUCUUAGGAGGCUGAACUUCUCGGUGAGCUCAACGUUAGCAGAAGCCUGUAAAGCGCUAGUUGAAGAUAAGACGCCCUUCCUGAAGGAAAACGCUUUAAAAACAUCAUUCAGAGAAUCCAGCUGCACGGAGUACAUCACGCAGAACCGCUACAUCACCCGCGCCCUCUCGGCCGAGGAGGCCGCCUUCCCCAUCGCCUACGUCAUGACCCUGCACAAGGACUUCGAGACCUUCGAGCGGCUCUUCCGGGCGGUGUACAUGCCCCAAAACGUCUACUGCGUCCACGUGGACGCCAAGGCGCCGGCCCCCUUCUGGCAGGCGGUCCGGCGCCUGGUGGGCUGCUUCCCCAACGCCUUCCUCGCCUCCCGGGCGGAGCGGGUGGUCUACGGCGGCGCCUCCCGCCUGCGGGCCGACCUCCGCUGCAUGGGAGACCUGCUGGCCUCGGCCGUGCCCUGGCGCUACCUGCUCAACACUUGCGGCCAGGACUUCCCCUUGAAGACCAACCGGGAGAUCGUCCGGCUGCUGAAGGGCCUCCGGGGGAAGAACGUCACCCCCGGGGUGCUGCCGCCCCCCCACAUCACCGCCCGCACCAAAUACGUGCACAGGGAGCAAUCGUACUCUUUCUUUUCUUUCAUGCUGUGGACGUUUGUGCGCAAGGUGCCCCCGCCGCACAACAUCACCCUCUACUUCGGCUCCGCGUACGUGGCCGUCACCCGGCCCUUCGUGGAGUUCGUGCUGCGGGACCGGCGCGCCGUCGACCUGCUGGCCUGGUCCGAGGACACCUACAGCCCCGACGAGCACUUCUGGGUGACGCUCAACAGGAUCCCGGGUGUCCCAGGCUCCAUGCCCAACGCAGCAUGGGAAGGUGACCUGAAAGCAGUGAAGUGGAUUGAUAUGGAAGAGAGCCAUGGAGGUUGUCAUGGCCAUUAUGUCAGAGGCAUUUGUAUAUAUGGAACAGGUGACCUCAAGUGGCUUUUUAACUCCACCUGUAUGUUUGCAAAUAAGUUUGAGCUCAAAACAUAUCCCCUGACUGUGGAGUGCCUGGAGCUGAGACAUCGGCAGAGAACCUUGUCCCAGAGUGAGGUUCAGGUGGAGCCCAACUGGUAUUUUUAGCUAGCAAAAUCCUAGGCUACAGCAUCAAUAAAAACGGUCAAGAGAAUAGCAGCAGCAGUCUUAAUUUCUGCUGUGCCAGAAGCAUGAACUCAUGAGAUGGGUUUCUUUAGGAAGUUCUGUAGAUGCAGCUUGGGUCGGCUUGUCUUACACUGCUUGCAAACCUCACCUUCCACUUAACACCUGGAGGCCAAAGCGCAAGAGAUCCAAAAAGAGACACCAGGGCAAAGCUCCUCAUGCAGCUGUAGGAGCUUUGCACUUUUGCCAUUUUUAAUGGGCUGUUUUCCAGCCCCAACUUUUGUCUUGCUACAGUGUCAUUGCUAUCUUUUUCUAUAAAAAUAUAAACUGAGUCAUGCAUUCCUGGCACUUCUUGUGUCUAAAAGACAAGUGUGCACAUUUGGUAAGCAAAAAGGUAAUGAGUCACAGUCAGCAAGAUCUUAAAAGCAGGAACACAGCUGCUGGCUAUAGAUACAGAUACUGUUUUGUCAAAGAUACUAAUAGUUACUGCAGUGAACUGACGGAAAAGUACUGGAAAUGGAAUAAAGACACUGCACUUCCCAGA